AUGGAUUACCAAGCCCAGUACACGUUGCAAAUAGAUGGCCCUGGACAGCGCGGAUGCUUUCGGUCGUCUGCGAAUCGAACGAGAACCUACAAGGUACUCCUCAACGAUUGCAAGAGCAUUCGACUGCACCAAGCCGAAGCGACAGCACUGCUUGCUGGCGCACCGCCGCUCCCACCACUCACGCUCAACGCCCACGCACAACUAGAUCCGGAGCUCACCGAGUGGCUCGCGGACAACCGCUCGACGGACGAGGUGAUCGCAAAGUCCAUCCGCAACCACGUCGAUGAAUUGAUCAAGUUGGAGAAGACGGCCAUUACGCGCUGA